AUGUCAGCGCUGCUUCUAGCUGUCACCGCCGCGCUUGCGGCGGUGUUGCAAGCACAGAGCCUUUCUCCCGAGGAGAUUUUUAAGCGAUCAGAAGCGCUUCAAAGCUGGGUUAUCGAGCAACGCAGGGAAUUUCAUAAAACACCUGAGCCUGGUUUUACGGAAUACAAGACGCGGAGUCGCAUCAUGCGCUUCUUGGAGAGCCAGCACAUCAUGUACAGGUACCCGUUUGCCAAGACGGGCCUGGUAGCUUACAUUGGCUCCGGAAAGCCCGUGGUCGCCCUGCGAACGGACUUGGACGGUCUGCCCAUCCUGGAGCCCGAUGGCGUUCCGUACAAAAGCCAGAACGACGGUUGGAUGCACGCUUGCGGUCAUGACGGUCACAUGGCCAUGUUGCUGGGAGCCGCCAAGUUGCUGAAGGAGGCGUCUGACCAGGGGGAGCUCCCGCCCGGAUCCAUCCGCAUCGUGUUCCAGCCGGCAGAGGAGGGCGGCGCGGGGGGAGACUUGAUGAUACGAGAAGGUGCCCUGGAGGACAUCGAGGCCGCAUUUGCGAUGCACGUGAUGCCCCACCUGUCGAGUGGCUCCAUCCACACACGCCCGGGCACCAUCAUGGCGGGCGCGCUGUCCUUCCGAGUCACGGUCAGGGGGCGCGGAGGCCAUGCCGCCAUGCCGCACCUCAAUAUCGACCCGGUGGUAGCGGCCGCGGGCCUUAUCUCCGCCCUACAGACGGUGGUCAGUCGUGAGACUUCCCCCCUAGGCUCCGGCGUGCUGAGCAUCACCAUGCUGCGAGCCGGUGACGCGUACAACGUCAUUCCCGACGAGGUCGUGUUUGGGGGAACCAUUCGUGGCCUAACCCACGAGCACCUGAUGUUCAUGAAGCGCCGGUUGGAGGAGAUGGCGCCCGCGGUGGUCGCGGGGUACGGCUGCAAUGCCACCGUGGAUUGGCGGCUGGAAGAACAGCCGUACUACCCGCCAACGGUCAACGACGAGCGGAUGGCAACUUUUGCGCUGCAGACGGCCGCCACUCUGCUGGGCACGGAUCAGUCCCAAAUCGCGGAGCCGCUCAUGACGGGGGAGGACUUUGCGUUCUUCUGCCGGCAGGUACCUUGUGCGCUGCUGUUCCUGGGCAUUCGCAACGAGUCCGCAGGUUCCGUACACGCGCUGCACAGCCCCAAGUUUACCCUGGAUGAGAGUGUGCUACACAAGGGGGUGGCCAUGCACGCGACAUUGGCUGUCGAGUAUCUUAAAACCUUUGCGGUGGCCCCGGACGCCUCGUCUGCUAAAGCUUCAGCGUCGGCGGCAACUACUACUGGUGGCGGUGGCGCUGCUGGUGACGAUGAGGAUGAGUACGACGACGACCGCGUGUCCAAAGACGAACUUUAAAGCAAGUGGGCCUUUUUGCUUGAAGAGUCUUUUUUGUCGCUUGUUCUGGAAGUUGGCCUGGCGUGGGAUAAUCGUCAGAGAAGCAGCUGAAGAAAGGCUGUUGGGAUUGUUUCGCUGCCGGGGCCGCGUUGAUGUGUUACGUGGCGAGGUGGGUUAUUGUGGUAAGGGAUG